GCGGCAGGCAGUCAUCCCAAGGAGCAAGGACCAACAACAGACCAAUAAAGAAAUGGGCGCCACGGCCUCGUGCAAGAAAACCUCCGGCAGUGGCCAUCCCGAGCACGAUGACCCAGCGUAUCGCCGUUGCCAGGAGCUCAAGAUGGAGCGCUGGAUACAGAUGCACUACCAGAUCAAGCAGCGGGAACAGGCCUUGGCCAUUGCCCAGCACAGGGAGCUCUUCUACUGGCUGGGCGGCUUCUACUUGAGUGCCAUCUACGGCUGUGCCAGCUACUAUCAGCGUGCGAAACGCCUCUCGGCGCUGGCGCCACUCCUGCCACUCACCUUUGUCAUGGGCUACUACACGGACUGGGCCUAUGGCAGCAAGCUGCAUCGCAUUCAAGCCGAGGCCAACAUGAUAAUGGAGCACGAACAGGAGCUGCUGCACUGGCCGGGCGGUCUGCCCUCUGUGGCUAGCAUAGAUGAGGCGCGCAUGGAGAAUGAAAUGGAGAAGAAAAUGCAUCCGCAUCACAUGUAGAGAGCGAGAGAGAGAGGCAACAAGGCUGCCCCUAGCUACAGCCCCACAGCCAACAGCUGGGCUACAAUAUAUUCAGCUCUGGUUGGGGCUGUACACUUAUACCUACUCCUACUCCUUCUUCUGCUCCUACUCCUCCUCUCUUUCUAUAUUUAUAAGUAUUGACCAGUUACUUAGCCACAAUUUACUUGCUCUCUACCAUUGCCCUCCCCCAACUCUCGUUCCGUAGACGCUCCAACGGCGGGGACGGCGCUUCAAUGUUUUCAGCAA